AUGCACAGCACACUAUCCCGCCUCAACGCAGUCUCUGCGCUGUCCACCACAAUCGUCCUCACUCUUGUAGUAUUCAUCGACUUAUUCUCCUUCCCUUCCGCCUCCCCCUUCACACCACGCUAUCAACCUUCCGGCAACCUUACCAUCAACCAGCUCGACGUGGUUCGUGGCAAAGCAGCAUGGCACAUGGAUAGAAACAUUCAAGACUUUAUCGAAGUCAACUUCAACAUUGAUGCCGAUUUCAGUCCUUUAUUCGAUUGGAACACCAAGCAAGUUUUUGUCAGUUUAGCUGCACAUUACGAUUCGGCAAAGCAUAUCAAGAAUCAAGUUGUGAUCUGGGACAGGAUCUUGAGGAGUAAACAGGAUGCGAAUGUGGCGGUGAAGGGCGGGAGGAACCAGUAUGGCUUGAGAGAGGUGGGGAGGUCCUUUUCAAAUGUCAAGAACGUCACUUUCACUCUAAAGUACAACGUUAUGCCAAAAGUCGGCCUACUGCACUACGACGACGAGUUUGUCACCGAUUCCAUCACCCUCCCUGCCAAACAGACAGGGUCUGAUGGACAACAGGUCAAGGUUCAACGUUUGUACUACUAG